AUGUUUCUGUACCUUCCGAUUUUCUCAGAUCACUCUGAGCUACAACACCCUCAGCUACCAAGCCUGAUUUCUCACUUCCUUGCUUGGUCACUCUCCGCAUCUUCAACAACCAAAACUCCUUUGCACAUCUUCUAUGUCUUGUUCACCAAAUAUCAUCGUUUCCCAAUUUUUACGUCUCAAUAUUUACAACUACUGCAUCGAGGCCUACGCCAUCCACAGCCUAAGACAAAACUGACUUCUUCUGAUCCUUCACCUCGUACCUGUCUACCUCAUCAAUUAUGGCAUCUAACACUGCUACUCACGGUUCCGCCAACGGAUAUCUCCCCCCUCGCCCCGACCCUCAACUGCCUCAAACCGAUACAACUACGCCACUGCAAAGUUACCUACAGAGCCAUACCUUCCACAACUCAAAUGGCCCCAGCAUGGGCAACCCCGUGGGACUCCAGAACAGAGCGUACUCCACAGCUGCUGCCGUUGCGAAUGUCGACCGUCUGUUCCCAGCCGGCACCCCUGGGGUUGUUGCUGCCAUAA